AUGUCACCCUCGAAGACUUUAGAUCAGAGCGACAGCUAUUCUAACAACACCCUUACUCCAAAGCCAACGAAGCGGUCACACCCAAGGCCCUCUGCUUUUGCUCAUGUGGUCCUGAAAACAACCGAGGACAACUAUCGGCGCAUGGUGGAUUUCUAUGUGGACAUGCUGCAGGCCGAGGUCAUCCUCGAAGCAGAUUACUUUGCCAUGCUGCGAUAUGACGAUGAGCACCACCGAAUAGCCAUUGUCCGCAAGCCCGAAAUCACACCACGAGAGGCGAGCCCAAACACCGCCGGGCUUGACCACACCUCGUAUACAUACGCCACAUUGACGGAUUUGGCACGGACGUAUCGCGCGCUGAAGGAGCGAGAGAAGCCCAUCGUCCCCAUAUGGUGCGUCAAUCAUGGCAUGACCACGAGCAUGUACUACCAGGAUCCCGACGGGAACAAAGUCGAGCUCCAAGUGGACAAUUUCGACCUCCCUGACGAGGCCGACCGAUUCAUGAGGAGUUCGUUGUUCGUGCAGAACCCGAUUGGCACCGACUUCGACCCCGAGGAAUGGUCCGCUGAGAUCCUUGCCAAGAUGCUGCCUGAUGGCAGUGAAGGACUGUCGAAAGAUGAGGCCAGACGGAUCAAGACCAGGAAGGAAAUUGGUCCUCGGAAUAGGACCCCCGAGUACAUGUGA